AUGUCAUCCUCAACCUCACCACCCCCCCUCAUCACCCACAUCUACACAGCAGACCCCUCCGCACACGUCUUCAACGACAAGAUCUACAUCUACCCCUCCCACGACAUCGAAUCCAACGUCCCCUUCAACGACAACGGCGACCAAUACGCCAUGGCAGACUACCACGUCUUCUCCCUCGAUGACCCAGACACCCCCAGCCCCGUCGUGACCGACCACGGCGUCGUCCUCGCCACCGCCGACGUCCCCUGGGCGUCCAAGCAGCUGUGGGCCCCCGACGCGGCCUUCCGCAAUGGGAAGUACUAUUUGUAUUUCCCGGCGAGGGACCAAGAGGGCGUGUUUCGAAUUGGGGUGGCCAGUGGGGAGAGGCCCGAGGGGCCGUUUAAGGCGGAGGAGGGGUAUAUCCAGGGGAGUUAUAGUAUUGACCCGGCGGCGUUUGUGGAUGAGGUGAAGGGUGGUGGGGAUGGGAGGGGGUAUUUGUAUUUCGGGGGCAUUUGGGGUGGGCAGUUGCAGUGUUGGUCGAAGGCCAAGGGAGAUGGAGGAGAAGGGGAAUGGGUCUUCGACGCGACCAAGACCGGACCACAGGAGCCGUCUGGGGAGGGCGAACGAGCCCUUUUCCCUCGCGUGGCGCGACUCAGCGAAGAUAUGCUCUCGUUUGACACGCCGGUACAGGAACUUCAGAUUCUUGACGGCGAGACGGGCAAGCCCAUUGCGGCGGACGAUCACGAGAGACGGUUCUUCGAGGCUGCGUGGAUGCACAAGUACAAUGGCACUUACUACUUUAGCUACUCGACGGGCGAUACGCAUUACCUGGCGUACGCGACGGGCGAGAGUCCCUGGGGUCCGUUCACGUAUCGGGGCCGUAUCUUGGAGCCGGUGAUCGGGUGGACGACGCAUCAUUCUAUUGUGGAGUUCCGCGGGAAGUGGUAUUUGUUUUAUCAUGAUUGUGAGCUGUCGAAGGGGGUGAGUCAUUUGAGGAAUGUGAAGAUGAGGGAGAUUGGGUAUGAUGAGGAGGGGAAAAUUUAUUUGAAGUAG